CUAAAAACCUGACGCACAUCCUCUCACUUACACAGACACACAGCCCCUGUAUGAGUCACUCAUGGAUGGCAUAUCAUCGUUGAUGACUUGCUGGAAUUAUUUGUGUGUUCUUUUGCUGGGAAGUACAGGUAGGUGUACCUCUCUAGUAUCUUGAUGAUCAACAUAAGAAGAGAAGAGGAGUGUGUAAGUGCGUGUAAGGUUAUAGAAACAUACAAACGUACCUCAACACAGGAUCUCUAUCUUAGAACAUCUGCUAGAAGGAUACGUUUUCUAGACCACGUCUGGUGCUGUGGCGUGUGGAACCAUGUGAACAGAGAUUUAUAUGCUCUCUGUGUUGAAUUCAUCUAUGACAGUACUGAGAAGAGACAAAGUAAACUCCCCUACAGAAAGGCGGUAGCCUAGCAUGGUUUUAAAGGGAUAAAAUGCCAGCCAAAAAAGACUCAAAAUCAGCAGCCAAGAAAGGAGGAAAACCCGAGCCAGAAAAAAGCAAACCAAAGGAAGAAGAAAAGAAAGGAAAAGAUGACAAAAAAGGAGCAAAAGAUGAUAAGAAGGGUGGAAAAGAUGACAAGAAGGCAGGAAAGGAUGAUAAGAAGAAGGGAAAAGAAGAACCACCCAAGGGAAAAGGGAAAGAUGAUGGUAAGAAGGGAAAGGAUAAAGGCAAGGGAAAGAAAGAGGUUAUUGAAUCUGAUGAGGGCUCAGAUGCUGAGUUGAUGGAUGAAGAUUUGAGCGAGGAGGAUGAGGAUGAAGAGUCAGAUGGAGGCAAAAGAAAGCGCGGUGGUGGAAAAGAUGCUAAAGGUAAAACUGCAAAGGGAAAGUCCAAAUCAAGACAGCCUGAUUCUGAUGAAGAUGAGGAUGACGAAGAUGAGGAUGAUGAAGAUGAGGAGGAAAGUGAAGAGGAGGAUAGUAAAGCAAAGAAGAAAUCUAAAGAUCAUCAUAAAUCUAAAGCAGAGGACGAUUUAAAGAAGAAGAAAGCAAAAAAGAAGGAAGUGCCUCCACCUGAACCACCACCUAAAAGAGGACUCAAAAAUACCUCAAAACUCUUUAUGAGGUUCUCUGGAUUUAAGAAGAGGAAGAGCUCAAAGAAGCGACUUAAGAGCACUUCCAAGCUGUUUCUUGGACUUGGCAAAAGGAAGAAUCGUUUGCUUAAGAAAAAAAGGAGAAAAUCUCUCUUGAGAAAUGCUCCAAAGUUCAUGAUGCGUUUCAAAAACAGCAAAAAGAAGAAAAAAGAGAAGGAAAAAAAAGAGCAAUCAGGCCCAAAGCCAACCUAUAUGCUUAUUAAAUUAGGUGGCAAUUCUAACACAGCGGAGAAGAAAACAGGAUUUUUUAAAGGGCUUUUUGGGAAAAAGGAAGCAGGGAAUGGGACUGGUUUUAAAUCUCGGGGUCAAAUAUUAGGUAAGAUUGCUGGGGCAACAAACUGGCUCACCAAGAGGUUCCUCUCAGUUAAGGGGCGUCAGAGUGGAAGGGGUGAUGCCUUUGGGCGGAAAAACAACAAAAAAUAUCAAUAUUCUGCUGACAGUCACCAAGCUAGCAUCCGAGCUACUCAAGGGUAUCACAAUUAUGGAUAUGAACAUGACACUGGAGGAUAUGAUCAUAAUAACCAGAGCAGGGUGGAUAGGGGUGCAUUUCACAGACAGUCAGUCCAGAGGCAUUCUAAAAGGUAUAGUGAACAGUAUGCCCAAAUGGAGGGACACCCUUCGUUUCCACAGCAAUACACUCAAUAUGAGGAACCAAACAACUAUUAUGACAUGGAAUCACGUGAUCAAGGCUAUUAUGAGAUGCAGGAUGGAUACUACAACCCUCACACAGCCAUGCAGGAUGAAAGUGAAUUUUAUGAUGAUGGUAUGGACUACAAUGACCCCUAUGAAGUCCAGGAUCUGAUGGGGAAUUAUCCACAGGAAAUGGGCUACUAUAGUCAACAGCAUCCACUGGAUCCCUAUUUAGAUGAUGGCAUUGAGUACUAUGAUGAUAGUCAGUAUCCAAUGGGGAACCACUAUGAUCAAUAUGGGAAUGAAAUGGAUAUGUAUUCCCAGGCUCAUUUUGGAAAUUAUGAUGACCUUCAGGGCUUCUAUGGUGACCCAUAUGAAGUUGAAAUAUCAGGUGAUCCAUAUAUGGAUGCUUAUGGGGAUUAUGGGGAUCUUUAUUUUCAGGAUUAUCAAGUUAACUACAGUGAAUCAGAUGUUGAUCCAUAUCUGCAAUCUGCCUACAAUAUGUAUGAUCCAUAUGGUUAUCCGAUACAAGAUAUUAUGGAAGGCGAAGAAGCUUAUGGAAAUUAUGGUGAGAAGUAUGGAAAUUUUUCUAUGGAGUCUAUGCCCCUUCCUGGAGACAUGGAGUUCAGAGUCCCACGACCCCAGGUUAAGCUUUUUGGUAAGGAAAGGAUUGAUGUUGAGCUUCCUCCUUUGCCUCCACAAUAUGAUUUUGAAGAAAUGUCAGACAUACAGUAUGAAAAUUAUCCACAUAUACCCAGAGGCUCAAUGAAUGAUGGUUUUUCACAGGCAAUGCAUCCACAAGAAAGGUUUCAUCCACAAGAAAUGUUUCAUCCGCAAGAAAUGUUUCAUCCGCAAGAAAUGUUUCAUCCUCAAGAAAUGUUUCAUCCGCAAGAAAUGUUUCAUCCGCAAGAAAUGUUUCAUCCCACAAUGCCUCAAGUGCCCACACCAACUGCCAUGUUAAUUAAGCAAGCAAAUAAUCCCCAGGGAUUUGUAAACCAACAUAUUCCACAUAUGGCUCAAGUUGGUGGUUUUCCACCAUCUCCCACACCAAGCAGGAGGUCAGUAGCAGGGAUGGCCUCCCCUGUGUAUAAGCCUAUGUCACCCAUGGUAACCAUGGAUCCCAUGGCAAGUUUUGGAGAGCCAGUUAUGGAAGCUAGACGUUCCCCUGUACCUAUACGCAGACCGAGCCCCCAUGCCUCCCCACAGCUAUCCAUGCAUCCUGUUGGUCCACUCCCUAUGAGAAGAAGCCCAUCCCCACAGCCGUCUGUGCGUGGCAUUGGAGGCAUGGGAGCACCUCUAUCGCCAAGACUUGCCAGAGGUGUGCCCUCUCCAAUAAGUCAUGGUCAACACCCUCCAUCACCAACUGGACGCCGCAAAAUGAGCCAACCUGUUUCUCCAGCACUUUCUAGACGUUUACCGCCUCAGGCUCCAUUAAGAGAAAGGCUACCCACUUCACCAACAUUCCCUAGACGUUUACAGUCUCAGGCUCCACUUAGAGAAGGCCCACCUGCUUCACCAACAGUCCGUAGACAUUUGCAGCCUCAGGCAUCCUUUAGAGAGGGACCACCAUCUCCUCAGCCAAUGCCUGACCGUAUGCCCUCACAGGCUCCAUCUCGCUAUACCAGUCCUCCAGCUUCCCCACGUGCAUCUAUUCGGAGGAGAAGCCCACCACAGUCCCCUCGUGCCUCAAUUAGGAGACCCAGUCCACCCUCUUCACCCUCACAAGUUCAUCGUCCAUUUGGUGCCAAGAAAUUUCAACCCUCUCCAUCUCCACUUAGACGAAUGAGUCCUCCUUCUUCACCUCAGAUGGGUAUGCGAACCAUGGCCAGUGUUCAGCCGAGGGAUCUUCAUAGAUCACAGUCACCAUUAAUGGCAAAAAGAGCAUCACCUACUCCCUCUCGGAGAAGUUAUAAUGUGGAACCAAACGCCCAGCAACCACAAGUGCAAGGUAGAUCCCCCUCUCCCACCCUCUCCCGCAGGUCCACUCGCCUCAUGAAGGAUUCUCCACCUUUUGGAUCCCCUGGAGGUCGACUGCGAGGAAGGGGACGUCCAAACAUCCCCAUGGGAGCUGUGAAACCAUAUCCUGGCCGAGGGGGUCAUACUGGAACUCCAACACAAAAUGUACGGCCAUUUAGACCAUCCAUACGUAGUAACAGGUCCAUGAUGCCACAGGACUUUACAGCCUCCCCACAACUCUCAGGUCAACAUAGGAUGGGCAUAAGGGAACAAAGUCGUUUCAAUCCUCCAGGGACACCCAAUUCAAUGAGAAACCCACAGAGACCUAUUGGUCGUGGUCGUCCACUCAUGGCCAGACAGUCACUUAGGCGUGCACCUGGCAUGAUGCCCCCUUCACCACAGCUUUCUCAAAAACACAUGCCCCUUCCAUCUCCCCAGCCUUCCAUUAGACAUCUCUCCAGACCAGCCUCUCCUCAUCCAUCUAUCAUACAUGGUUCCCCAUUACCAACGCGGUCCCCUUCCCCUAGGGGUUUGCCUACUUCUGUUCUUUCUGGUCCUCCAACAUAUGAUGCUUCAUUUGCAUCUCCUUUACAUUUAGUUGCAGAGCCUAUCCCUGUAGAAUAUGAUCAGGUUAGAGGUGUACCUCAUUCACCAAUGCUUACAAGUGCCCUCCAAAAUCAAAGGGUCCAUAAUGCAACCUAUACUUCACCAUUACAACAGCCUAUGUCACCUUAUGCUCCUGAGAUCAUUAAUGUUCCACAGUUUCCAAGUCAACCACAUUCACCAGCUCCCUCCCUUGCCCUGCAAAACCCUAACCAAAGCCAUGCUGAUAAUUUUUCCCAAUUACAACCAGUACAAUCACCAUAUACUCCUGAAAUGGUUGUACUGGAUCAACAUAGAGCAGAGAUGGCAUCUCCUCUUUUGUCGAAUGCCUUACAAAAUACUCAUCUCAGAGAAGCUUCUUAUAUGUCGCCCUUGCAAAGACCAGGUUCACCGUAUGCUCCUGAAGUACCAGCAUCACCUUUGCUGUCCAAUGCAAUUCACAAUCCACAACUUCACAAUGCAUCAUACAGAUCAUCCUUUCAGACGCCACAUUCACCUUAUACUCAGGAAGAGACAGGCUAUGAUUACAUUGAAGAGCCAGGUGCUGCCCCCCUUCUCUCUAAUGCUCUUCAAAAUACAAAUGUCCGCAAUGCUUCUUACCGAACACAUUUACGUCGCAGGGGAUCCCGUGUUCCCCCUGGCUAUCGUCCAAGAGGAUCUCCAGUUCUUUCAACAGCUUUGCAGAACCAAAAUGUCCGUCAAGCAUCAUACAGAGCACCUGUUCAGGGAAUGGUCUCCCCUUAUGCACCUGUGCCAGGGCAUAGGCAGGACCCUAGGACAUCUAUUUUUUUGUCUGAUGCAUUACACAACCCCCAACUUCGAGGUGCCACUUACCAACUGCCUGAUGGCACAUUAGUAUAUGGUACUAAUCCUGCUGGGUCCGUAGGCAUGGACCCACGACAGCAACAGUCUUUCUCACCUAACCUCUCAAAUGCUUUGCAGAACAGAAACAUAAGAAAUGCCUCUUAUAGACUUCCAGAUGGAACAAUAAUGUACCCAGAAUCUCAUUUACAGCAACCGUCUUCUCCAAACCUGUCAAAUGCCUUGCAGAAUCAAAAUCUGAAGAACGCAACUUAUAGACUUCCAGAUGGAACUCUUGUAAUUGCAGGACAACAACAGCAAACCUCACCUAACCUGUCGCAUGCACUUCAGAAUCAGAAUAUUAGGAAGGCAUCAUAUAGACUGCCAGAUGGGACAAUAAUAAUGACUGAUCAGCCAGUGGAAUCAACAUCUCCCAAUCUAGCCAAUGCUCUCCAAAACCAAAACAUUAGAAAUGCAACUUACAGAUUGCCGGACGGCACAUUAGUAACAGCAGACUAUGGACAAUCCAAACCUACUUCCCCAAAUUUAUCGGCGGCACUUCAGAACCAACAAAUGAAAAAUGCCAGCUAUCGUUUACCUGAUGGGUCAAUUAUAAGUGGACCAGCUUAUGAAGUUAAAUCUCCAAAUUUGGCAAGCGCGCUUCGGAAUCAAGAUGUUCGUAAUGCUACCUACAGGUUACCUGAUGGCUCCAUAAUAAGUGCUGAUGCAAGUUAUAAAACUGCAUCCCCAAAUUUGUUCUCUGCCCUGAGAAAUGAGGAUAUGAGGAAUGUCUCCUAUCGGCUUCCAGAUGGAUCUGUUAUUUCACAAGCUUUAUAUAAACCAAGUAGCCCAAACAUUUCAAAUGCCUUGCGGAAUGAAAACAUUCGCAUGGCCACUUACCAGCUACCAGAUGGAUCUGUAAUAUCUGCAGAUCCUCGAAGACAUAAAACCGGUCCAGAUCUAUCAAAGGCACUUCUAAAUCAAAACCUUCGCAAUGCCUCAUACAGAUUACCUGAUGGAUCCACCCUCACUCAAGGAUUUAAUGUCCCCACUUCACCACAAUUAAUGGAUGCUUUAAAGAAUCCUAACCUGAAGAAAGCCUCUUACCAACUACCGUCAGGGAUCUCCGACUAUAUGAUAUCCUCUGGACAGGUGAUUAUUGGGCCAGAUGGUCGUUAUGCUGUGGUUCCACCACAGCGGAAAGGUCCAGGUGGGCCAGAAGAGCACUGGGCUCAAAAUGCUAGAGAGGGGGAAACUGCAGAGGACCUGUGGGCUGCAGAAAAAGUCUUGCCUCAUGAUACAGUACAGAACCUCAUCAAAUGGUCUAUGAGUCGUGAUGAGAAAAUGGAAUUCCUUACCUCUCCACCUGGUGGUCUUAGGCCAGGGGAAACGGAGCUGCAAUGGGUGCCAGAUCGUGAAGGGGAGCCAAAAGGACAGUGGUAUGACAAGAUGUAUUCUAUAAGGAGCCUGCCUACUGUCAGCUACAGAACAAAAAGGGAAGGGGAUGGAGUUGAGGACAUGACACAAAUGGAAGAGCUUUCUGAGGCAGCAGUAUUGAUAAACCUGAAGACUCGCUUUGAUCAACAGCUUAUCUAUACAUACAUUGGCAGUAUCCUGGUAUCUGUGAAUCCAUACCAGCUAUUUAACAUCUAUGGCACAGAUAUGGUUCUGCGGUACGAGGGCCAUGGCUUGGUAGAUAACCCACCUCAUCUCUUUGCCAUUGCAAACAUUGCCUACACAACAAUGAUGGACAUCAAGCGAAACCAGUGCAUCAUUAUCAGUGGGGAAAGUGGUUCUGGAAAGACAGAGGCGACCAAACUGGUUCUGAGGUACCUCACUGCUAUUCACCAUAAGAGGAACAUUACACAACAGGUACGUAUUCUAGAGGCAGCUCCUCUUUUAGAGUCGUUUGGGAAUGCUAAGACGGUUCGAAAUGAUAACUCCAGUCGCUUUGGGAAAUAUGUGGAGGUCUUUUUGGAGGAAGGGGUGAUCAGUGGUGCCAUAACCUCGCAGUAUCUACUGGAGAAGUCCAGGAUCGUUUUUCAGGCCAAAGAUGAGAGAAACUACCACAUCUUUUAUGAGAUGCUGGCUGGACUUCCUACUCACAUGAAACGGGCCUUCUACCUACAGGAGGCUGAAACCUAUUACUACCUGAACCAGGGUGGCAACUGUGAGAUCAUUGGGAAAGAUGAUGGGGAGGACUUCAGGAGGCUACAGAGUGCCAUGGAAAUUCUCCACUUCAGUCCUGAAGACCAGAGCAGCAUAUUCAGAGUGCUGUCGUCCAUACUGCACCUGGGCAAUGUCUUUUUCCAUAGAACAGAAGUGCAGGAGACAGCUGGUGUGGUGAGCACUCAGGAGAUUCGUGCUGUAGCCGAUCUGUUGCAGAUUUCUCCAGAGGGUCUGCAGAAAGCCAUCACCUUCAAAGUGACGGAGGCUAUGCGAGAGAAGAUACACACUCCCCUCUCAGUAGAAAAUGCUAUGGAUGCCAGAGAUGCAGUUGCCAAGAUCCUUUAUUCCUUGCUCUUUCAAUGGCUGACAGAACGAAUCAAUGGACGGGUCUACCCCAGGAAUGAGGCGCUGUCCAUAUCUUUACUGGAUAUAUACGGGUUUGAGGUAUACACUUCCACUAACACAGAAUACAUUCGAGAGCAAAUCAACUGGAAAGAACUGAUCUUCACUGACAACCAGGCAUGCAUAGACCUUAUCGCUGCAAAGCCCCAUGGGAUACUCCGCAUCCUUGAUGAUCAGAGCGGCUUUCCACAGGCCACUGACAACACCUUCCUUCAGAAGUGCCACUAUCAUCAUGGAAACAACCCCCUUUACUCCAAGCCAAAAAUGCCACUGCCAGAGUUUACUGUCUAUCACUAUGCUGGCCGUGUAACCUACCAGAUCCAGAAGUUUCUGGAUAAGAACUUCGACCAGGUGCGGCAGGAAGUAUUGGAUCUGUUUAUGCAGAGCCAGAACCGAAUGGUGUCCAAUCUCUUCAUAAAGCACGCUGAGAUGCUGAAUCAGCAAAAAGGAGCAAUGAACAGGAACAGCACAGUGACUCGGAGAUAUCAGCCCUCUACCGUGGCCGCCAAGUUCCAGCAAUCACUACAAGAGCUCCUUGACAAAAUGGAGAGGUGCAACCCAUUUUUUGUGCGCUGCAUAAAGCCAAAUAAUAACAAGGAACCUGGUAUAUUUGACCCUGAGUUGGUCGCUACACAGCUCAGAUAUUCGGGAAUCUGGGACACAAUCCGCAUCAGGAAGGAAGGCUAUCCAGUCAGAGUGCCGUUCCAUAAAUUCUUAAACAGGUACAAAGCCCUGCUGGGAAUGAAGACGCCACCACCUCCAGAUGGAGAAAACUGUGUCAUUAUGUUAAAGAAGCUCUGCCCAAUCAACAAAGGAGAUUAUCAAGUGGGUGUGUCAAAGAUCUUUCUGAAGGAGGAAGUCAAUCAGUUAUUGGAGAGUAAACGUGAUCGUAUGAGGCAUGUAGCUGCACUGACCCUUCAGCGUUACGUACGGAUGUAUUUUGUCCGGAAGAAUUUCCUCAAAUUUCGUGUGGACAUGACAAAUCUUCAGGCUCGCUGCAAGGGCUACCUGGCCAGGCGACGGUUUCUGCGAAUGCGUAUAAACCUGAUCAGGCACCGUGCAAUGAUCCGACUUAUUGUCAAUCGCAAAAGAUACAUCAGGUACAACAUCUACUUAGCGAGAAGAGCAGAAGAGGAGAGGAGAAGGAUUGAACUGGAGCGAACGAGCAGGGAGGUGGUAAAUGUGACUCAGCUAGUUAUUCCUGCAGAGUUGGGAGGAUUGUUACAGGCCACAGCAGCUGGAAGGGAGCGUCAUUCAGACUGCUUGGCUCUGGUUCAGGCUCCUAGAAUACAGACGGACCCCCAACUCACUCUUCCACUGGACAUCAACAACUAUUUGAUGACCAAAUAUAUACGCACACAUUUCAGGGAAUUACAGUUCGGGAUGCUAGCCGCACCGCUGGAGAACUCACUGACCCGUCUAGAAGAUGAUCUGAAACAGGAUGCUCUAGAUGUGUUUAUACUGAUUUUGAGGUUCAUGGGUGAUCCAAACCUGAAUGGAGCUCAAGAAAACCUGUUUGGAAAUUACAUCAUUCAGAGAGGCCUUGCCACUCCACCAAUCAGAGACGAGAUCCUAGCGCAGAUAGCCAAUCAGGUGUGGCGGAAUGAAAACAGCAGAAAUGCAGAGAGAGGCUGGCUGUUGAUGGCAGCCUGUUUGAGUUCCUUUGCCCCUUCUGAGAAGAUGGAGAAAUACCUGCUAAAAUUUGUGUCAGACUAUGCUCUGAACGGCUUUAAGGCUCUGUGCCAACACAAACUCAUCCAAGCAAUGCAGAAAUCCCACCUAGUCCCUGAAGCAUCUCGAACAUAUCCUCCAUCCCUGCUAGAGUGGACUGCCACCCGCAAGAAAGCACACAUGGUUCUCCAGGUGCACUGUUUUGAUGGUGUCUCUUUCCUGUGUCCUGUCCAUUCCUGGACAAAUGGAGAGGGCCUUGCAGGAGACGUUCUACAACACAGGGGCGUGUCCACUGAGAGUCGAUGGGGUUGGUCGGUUCUGAUGAAGGAGCUGGCGCAGUGGGUGGAGUUAGAGGGUCACGAUUAUGUUCUCGAUCUGGUGUGUGACCUGGAGCUGCUGCCAGACUUCCCUAAACAGAAAACAUACUUCAUCAUCUCUACUGAAGACCCCAGCAGGGCACGACCUAACGCGAGCAUAAGUCUCUUUGGCAGUGGAUUUGAAGAGGAUGAGGAGGGGCCGCUAUCGUUUGCCAACCGAACGAGCGCCAUUGCAACCAACAGCCUACCGAUCUCUGAAGGCCACUACAGUCUGGACUCCGAACCAUCCUAUGAUGCCACUCAGCGCGGGAUGGACCGGUAUUUGGACAGUCUCUUUGACCCAGUUCUGUCUGAUGGGGACCUUGAUGCUUCAGUUUUGUCUGGUAGGAUGAAGGGUAGAGGAGGUGUAGGUGGCGAUGAAGCACAGUCCCCUGCUAGAGUCACUCUUCAGCCUGGAGCAGUGAGAGUUCUGCCACCCAUACCAGGCGCUUCAGUCAUGCCCAGGAUGCCAGCCGUGCCCCCAGUGCCAGACCCACAGCAAACCGUCCUGGCCCAACAGCAACAAACCAUCAUCAACCAGCAAGCCGUCAUUAUGGCUCAGCAGAUGACCAUGCAGGCGAUGGCUAUGGUGACCAGUCCAGUGUCCAGUCGCCCAAUGUCGCCCCUCACCAGCCCCCCAACCAGUCCUCCUCCCACCCCUUACAGCACUCUGCCACCCAGCCCGUACCCCGACAUCCCUCCCAGCCCCUACGCAAACAUCCCCCUCAGCCCCUACGCCCCACUUCCACUGUCCGCGUACACAAGCCCUCCAGUGACCCUCCAGCCGGCCGUUGCCUCCACCUCCAUCUACGCCACCCCCAGCAUCUUAGAGGGGCAAAGUGAGCCCAUGAAGAAGAACAGCCCCCCGACGCCACAGCCGCAGAAGACCAAGACUACACAGGCUGCAUCAUCUAAUGGGACAUUAGGGAAGAAACAAGCCCCCGCUGCACCCAUUAAACUUGACAGCAGGCCUGCUAAAAAACAUGCUCCUGUUGCGAUCACGGGUCCCAUGCGUUCUGCUCCAGCUCCUGCCACAGAGGUGGUGAAAUAUUCUGUCUCUAACUCGGAGCACAUUGUUCCCAGCCACAACAUUAAAGACAUCAUUAAACAAUAUCAAACUCCAGAACCAGAACCUGUGCCUCAGAGACAGAGGCGGGAUGGGAAAGGUUUUGUCAAGAAGUUGAACCCACAUGAUGAGGCAAUGCAGAUCCUAAAAACACAGAUGGACAAUCCACCUCCUCCAGAGCCUCCCACCCCAGCCGCUGUGUCCAGAGAUGGAGGCCUCAAACCAACUAAAAGCAGCAAGAAGAAAGCACCAGAACCACCACUGACAUUACCACCACCAGUGUCCCGAGAUCUUCCAGUGGAAUCUGAGAGCAUCCAAACACAGUUGCAGAGGAGCAGCACAGAGGAGCAUUACACCUACACAAACGUCCCCUGGAAAAUCUGCCUCAGGAAGGAGGUCUUCUACCCCAAAGACAGCUGGAACCAUCCGCUAGUGCUGAACCUCAUAUUCAAACAGAUUGUCAAUGACACAUUUACAGAGGCCUGUGUGCGUAUUACUAAAGAAGAGAGACAGAAGAUGAAAUCCUUGUUUGCUCAAUAUGGCGUCGAGCCGAACACAGAUGUUCCGGAUGAGAGUGUGAAGAAAGCUGUGAUUGCUGCUGCCAGGGAAUCAUGGGAGAUUUAUUUUUCUCGCCUUUUUCCUGCCUCUGGCAGUGUGGGUACUGGAGUGCAGGUGUUGGCAGUGUCUCACUCUGGGAUCAAACUCCUAAAGACGGUGAAAAGCAGCUCUGCAGCUCCAGACUACUUCAGAGUGCUCCGUCCGUACAGCUACACAGACAUCCUGUUUGUGACCAUCCCGUCUCAGAAUAUGCUGGAGUUUAAUCUGAUGAAUGAGAAACUGAUUCUGUUUUCAGCCAAAGCUCCUCAAAUCAAACAGAUGAUUGAUCUCUUCAUCUCUCAUCUAAAGAAGGACUCUGAGUAUGUUGUAGCUGAGAAAAACUUCAUCACAGAGGACAGAGCUCUUUUAAACUUCUAUAAAGGAGAUAUCAUUCGUCUGCAGGCCAUGGAUGGAUUGGAGGAGGGUCAGAGUUACGGCUGUGUGGUGAAGAAAAAAGUCAUUUACCUCGAGGAGCUGAAGAGAGGCACACCAGAUUUUGGCUGGAAGUAUGGGGCAGUUCAGGGUCGGAGCGGAGCGUUCCCCAUGGAGUGUGUGGUUCCUGUAGCUGCUCCUGAUUUCCUGAGUCUCCCGGCGGAGAGAAGAGACGAGCCGAGAGAUAGACAGGGUCGAGUGGCGGCAUCAGGAGCUAUCGCUCUCGCCGUGGCCUCCACUGCAGCUGCACAUGAACUUGACCCCUCACUGGAGUCUGAUGGUUUAGGGGAUUUUGGUGACUCUGAAAUUGAGGGCAACAUCAUUUUGGACAGCCAGUACAACAUGGUGGAGUUCGCUAAGAAAUAUUUCAGAACGUCAAAUGGAAACAAGAGUGAUUCGUUCAGGGAUAAGUCCAAAAAAGGUAAAGGAAACAAAGACCCUGCAGAGAUGGUGAAAUUCAGCAAGAACCCUAUCAUAGAGUCCCUCAUAGACUUCACUGACCCCAACAUGAACCGAGUUGCUUCUGAAAUUUUCCUAGCCAUAAUGAAGUUCAUGGGAGAUCAUCCACUCAGGGGCCAAUCAGAGCACUUUGUGGUUUGCACCUUCCUUAAGUUAACGGGUGAAUAUGGACUGAUGAAGGAUGAGGCUUACUGUCAAGUCCUCAGACAGAUUACAGCCAAUACCAGCUCUAAACCUGACAGCUGUCAGAAAGGCUGGCGCUUGCUCUAUAUUCUGACUGCUUUUUACCGCUGCUCUGAAGUGCUCAAACCAUUCUUACUCAAGUUCCUCAGAGACGUCUGCAGAAGUCCUGAAGUGCUUUUUCAUGGAAUUGCUAAAGCUUGUGAGCAGAAUCUGAGAAAGACCUUUCAGUUUGGUGGCAGGAGUGUUUACCCCAGUAGUAUGGAGCUCAAAGCCAUAAUGGCUGGUCGAAGCUCGAAGCGGCAACUGUUUCUAUUUCCCGGCGGAAUUGAAAGACAUUUGAAGAUCAAAACCUGCUCCGUGGCACUGGAUAUCAUAGAGGAGUUGUGCUAUGAGAUGGCGUUACAAAGGCUGGAGGCAAUGGAUGAGUACACAAUUUUCAUAGUCACCAACAGAGGUCAGAAUGUGCGGCCCCUGAAUAAGCGAGAGUACAUAUUAGACAUUGCAACAGAAGCGGAGCAAAUUGAUACCAACUACAGCUUCUGGUUCAGACGAGUCAUCUGGGCCCAUCCGCUCAAGUUUGACAACGAGCUCUGUGUCACCAUGCACUAUAACCAGGUUCUGCCUGACUACGUGAAGGGUCUGUUGAAUAUCAUACCUCAGGGAAAGAUCAGUGAACAGCAGUUUAACCAGUUUGCCAAACUUGCUGCUCUUCAACACAGAGCCAAAGACAGUCUCUAUACACCUACUAUUCAUGAGUUGACAGAGUACAUCCCAGUUGAGAUCUUUGGCAGACAGGGGCCUCAGCAGUGGAUGCAACUGGUUGCCCAACAUGUACAUGCCGUCCAGAGCCUGAACCCUCACCAGGCCAGAUCCCAGUUCCUGGGUUUGGUGUGUGCAUUUCCCAUGUUUGGAUCGUCCUUCUUUUACAUCCAAAGCAGCAGCAACAGCACCAUCUCUGCACCAUGCAUCCUCGCUGUCAAUCAGAACGGACUGAACUUCCUGCACAAAGACACUCAUGAGGUGCAGGUGAAGUUUCAGCUGAAGCUGGUUCAGUCAGCUCACACACAGCGGCCCAGCGCUGGAUCCAGUUAUCCUUAUGUAGACAUCCUGAUAGGAGACUUGACCAAUCACAGAGUCACACAGUUACAGCUGGAACAGGGUCUGGAGCUGUGUCGGGUUAUCGCCAUGCACAUUGAGAAUAUGCUCUCUGUGCGAGAGAAGAGGCUGACGCUGCCACCCAGUGAAAUCACCAUGCUGUAACAACACAUGUUCAUACAUUCUUUGUAAUGUUUUAUUUAUUGUUUAUCUCAUCAUAACUAAACAAACCAAACCUCUUAAUGCGAUGUUUGCACUAAUCAUGUCUAUUUGUUCACAUGUUAUGUAUAGUGUUAACAUGUUAACACACGCAGUGAAUGAAAAGCAAUAUUUUUGUACUGAAUGCGUAAUAUGUAUACAGAUGGAUUAUUAUUUGCCUUGCUUUUGUGCAUCAAAACAUGUAAUGUAAAAUUGUUCCUUGAUACCUUAAAUGUGAAAGUUUUUAAGGUGUAAAUGUUUUUAUAUUAAUCUUUUAACACAUGCACAUACAAUUUAGAAUGAAGAGUGAUGUUACUCAGGAGAACACAAUAUGAAUGUAAUAUUUUUCACUCUCAUUAUUAUCUAACACAGACUGACAAUGAAAUGGUAGUUUUCAAAGUAGUGCAAUGACAAUAUUUCAGUCGAACUUUGUAUAUUUAACUAUUAGUUAACAUAUGGGACCUGUGGGUUGUUAAAUUUGUAUUUUUUUAUAGAUUUCUUAAAACGUUUAUUGAUUAUAGCUCAAAUUUAUAAAUUGCCCUACUGUAAUUGUCUAUAACUCUCAGUAUUUUGGAGAAACUGCAAUAUGAUGUUCACAUUUCUGUUUUCUAUAAUGAUCUAAUAAAUGAAUAAGAUUAAAUUGGUAGCUGCAAAAGCUGUCUGUUUUAAAAUUAUGUUUUCAUUAUGCAAAAUGAGAUUACUAAGGAGCCGUAGAAACAUAAUGAUCUCUUGUACAUUAUGGGUUUUAACUGGCUUGCAACUUUUGCACAUUGAUUAUGUUGUUACAUAACUCUUUUUAUGACAAAAUAAAAUAUCAUGCAUUUA